AAUCCAAACUGUCAUUUGCAAUUGUCAUAUAUAAUGUACAUUCUUCAAAAAAUAUUUAUGAUUGUUUAAUUGCAAAUAAUUUGGUGAAAAGGACACACCAGAAUGGGUCUCUUUGGUAAAUCGCAAGGGCGUGAUCCAAAAGACAUGGUAACGGAAUGGAAUCACAAACUACGCAAGGAAGGUUAUCAGUUGGACAGACAAAUUAAUUCUAUAAAAAGAGAAGAAGAAAAAAUAAAGAGAACAUUAAAAGAAGCAGCUAAGAAGAAUGACAAUGAUACCUGCAUUAUAUUGGCCAAAGAAAUCGUCAAGGCUCGACGAGCUGUCAACAAAAUUUACACAACAAAGGCACACAUCAAUUCGGUAAUGUUGCAAAUGAAAAACCAAUUGGCUACAUUGAGAGUAGCUGGAUCAUUACAAAAAUCCACAGAAGUAUUGAACGCUAUGCAAUCUUUGGUAAGAGUGGCAGAAAUAUCGAAAACAAUGCAAGAGAUGUCAAGGGAAAUGAUGAAAGCUGGGAUAAUUGAGGAAAUGUUAGAUGAAAGUUUUGAAAUUGAUAAUUCGGAAGAAAUGGAAGAAGCUGCUCAGCAAGAGGUUGAUAAAGUCCUUUACGAAAUUACUGAAGGAAAGAUUGGAGAAGCGCCUUCUGUGCCACCCACUCAGGUUGAAAAUGAACAUGAACCAGAGACUUUGAGAGAUGAAGAAAAUGAGAGUGAGUUGGAAGAAAUGCAAAGUAGAUUAGCAGCUUUAAAAUCUUAAAAAUGGAGUGGCUUGCAUCAUAUAAGAUGCUUUAUUUGCUAUAAAACAUUUCCAAAUUUUUUACUAAAUUCAGCAUUGGAAAUUGAGAAAAAUUCCAUUGAAAUUUGUUUUGUAUAUAUUUCUUUAAAACUGAUAUAGUUUUAUGGAAAUUUACAAAAUAUCUGUGUUAACUAUAUAACCUUAUCUUGGAUGGAAGAUCAAUUGCCUGGGAAAUAUGUUACCCUUCAGUAUUUACUACACAAAUUUUAUGGUUCCAAAAUUUCAUUUGGGUCCUCCACAUGCUCCGCAUAUACUUAAAGAAAAACUGUAUGGGCCUGGCUUUCAGGAAUUGGCAAUAAGGUGUAAAUAGAUACACAUUCUUUAGAAACUCUUAAAGCCAGAACUGCACAGUUUCUCCUAUGAGGAUUUUUAGAGUAUGUGUGGGAAGCAUGCACUAAAUAGUUAAUUGAAAUUAUGAGGCAACACUAUACUUUAGCUUCUAUUAUUGUGCUUCGGAUGCCUUAACUGUUCAUUGUAUUAAAAAGCUUUAUAACAAGUAUGUUAAUGAAUUAAAUGUACUAUAUAUAUAUAUGUAUAAAUUUGUGUUAUUUUCUAAUACUAGUGUUAAUAAAAAUAAUUUAUUUA